AAUUCGCAUGUGACUUAUUACAGAGAUAUUUACAAAUCCACACCCAGCGGUGGAAGAUGCGUGAAAAAUUUCAAGGUCUUAGCUAGCUAACAGCUAUUUUCGUGAAUGUUAAAGAAUCAUUGCCUGUUGAAAAUCCCUUCAAAGACUUUGACCUAUUGUUUUUCUUACAGCUAAAGAGCUUCGAGAAAUACUCUUCGCAAGGGCGCCAAACUUGAACUUUAACCUGUGCCUGAUCCUGAUUGCAUUGGUUUCACUGUGCUACAGCUUGCCAACACUAGUUUGGACGCACUGAAUCCAGCUUAAAGAGAGCGUGGAAGUUUAGUGAAGCGAGAAGAGAGCAUCCCUCCACACAAAAAAAAAAAAUCAAAUUCGAUAAGGAACUGUCGCAGUCGAGUGCAACGGAAAAUUUGCCUUUUGUCCCAGUAAAAUAGCCAAAGUGCCGAGUAAUAUGUAAUGGAGCCCCCUUUCGCCAGCGACGGCAACAUGAUGUGAAACAUGGCAAUCGAAUCAGCCAAAGCCAUUUAGAGUCAUCAAUUGGCGAGGUCGCGACCGGCACUGGAACAGGUCCAGGCAAAGGGACAGGAACAGGGUCAGGCGUGGGGCAGAACGCAGCGGGACAAAUGCACAGCAUGGCGGCAAAAUGGAGAAGCAAAAGCAGCAGCAGGAGCAGCAGGAGCAACAGGGGUAGCAGUAUCCGGCUGCCAGCCUGGCAGCAGCUGUUUUGGGCCCUGUGCCUCACCUGCCUCUUCGGGUGGGCGUGGGCGGACGAUUGGUCGCAAAGCUGCGCCUCCAACUGCACCUGCAAGUGGACCAAUGGAAAAAAGUCGGCCAUAUGCAGCUCAUUACAGCUGACGAGUAUACCGACCACGCUGAGCACCGAACUGCAGGUGCUGGUGCUCAAUGAUAAUCAUAUACCAUAUCUGAAUCGUGAGGAGUUCUCCGCGUUGGGCCUGCUCAAUUUGCAGCGCAUUUAUCUUAAGAAAUCCGAGGUCCAAUAUGUACACAAGGAAAGUUUUCGCAAUCUGAAAAUACUCGUGGAAAUAGAUCUGUCCGAUAACAAACUGGAGAUGCUGGACAAGGACACGUUUAUGGGCAAUGAUCGGCUGCGCAUCUUGUAUCUGAAUGGUAAUCCUCUGAAGCGUUUGUCCGCCUAUCAAUUUCCCAUAUUGCCGCAUUUGCGUACGCUGGACAUGCAUGACUGCCUGAUAUCCUAUAUAGAUCCCAUGUCGUUGGCCAAUUUAAAUUUGCUGGAAUUUCUCAAUCUCAAGAACAAUCUGCUGGAGAGCCUCAGUGAGUAUGUGUUCCAGCACAUGGGCAAUCUGAAGACGCUCUCCCUGGAGGAGAAUCCCUGGCAAUGCAAUUGCAAGUUGCGCAAAUUUCGCAGCUGGUAUGUGGGCAGCCGACUCAGCUCGGUGAGCCUGGUGUGCAAAGGACCGCCAGCGCAAAAGGAUCGCACCUGGGAUAGUGUGGACGAUGAGCUGUUUGGCUGCCCGCCACGCGUUGAGAUCUUCAACAAUGAGGAGGCCACCAACAUUGACAUUGGCAGCAAUACGACCUUCAGCUGCCUGGUCUAUGGUGAUCCGCUGCCCGAGGUCAGCUGGGAGCUGAAUGGCAAAAUUCUGGACAAUGAUAAUGUGCUCUUCGAUACGGAGAGCAUUGCCUCCGACAAACUGUGGAGCAAUCUGACCGUGUUCAACGUGAGCAGCCUAGAUGCGGGCACAUAUGCCUGCACGGGCAGCAAUCUGAUCGGGUCCAUGACCCAAAACAUUAGCAUCUAUCUGAGCGAGAUUGUGCAGCAUGUGCUGGUUAAGACGCCGGAGACAUUCUGGUAUUUUGGCCUCAUCAUGGGCAUCUUUGGCACCGUUUUUCUGCUCAUCGCCAUCUCGUUUGUGGUGUGUCUGUGCAAACGGACCACGCGCCAGCAUCGGCAUGCCAAUAAGGCGGGCGUCAAGACCAGUGUCAGCUUCAAUGAUCAGGAGAAGAAACUGUUGGAUUCGAGUGUGACAACCACAACCAAUGAUCGCGGCGAUAGCUAUGGCAUUGACAACAAUCCCAGUUCCAUCAACAAAACCGACUCCAGCCUCGGCUUCAAUCAGAUCGAAAUUCAUGCCGUCGACCACCAUCGCACGGGCUUGUCCUUGGCCCAGCAGCAGCAGCAGCAGCAACAGCAGCAACAGCAGCAGCAGCAGCAGCAGCAGUCGGCGGCCGUUGCCAGCCAGGCUCAGGCUGUACAGCAUAUGCGACAGCAGCUGAUGACCGUCAAGGAUCCCACCUGUGGCCUGAUCAGUGUGCCCACCUCAAUGGCCAGCUAUCAGCAUCAGCUGCAGCAUCCGACGCACUCGCACGCUCAUUCGCAUGGCCAUGGCCAGCUGUCGGAGGAGUUUCCGCUAAAUGUGGGCGUCUUUCCACCACCGCCGGAGUUCUGCUCCAACAUUGUGCCGAAUCCCACCUUUGGCAACAUAUUCAUACGCGUCUCGGUCACACAGGAUAUGUUGGAUGGCGCUGACAUCAACAUGUAUCCGGAUCUGCUGAACAUACCCAAACGACUGCAGGAUGUCCAAUGCUCAGCCGAUGCCAACGCUGCAGGCACAAACGGCGAUGGCCAAGCGGCUGUGGCACAGUUUGCCACGCUGCCGCGUCACACCACACGCCGUGGCAUACUCAAAAAGGAUCCCUCGCUGCAGGCAGCAGCAGCUGCGUCAACGGCGGCAGCGGCCACGAAUCUUUAUCCACAUGACGAGAUUGUUACGUACAAUCUGGAAACGGGCGCCUAUCAUUGUAGCGGCAACAACAGCAGUGACAUGGAGCUGCCGUUGCCGCCGCCACCGCCGCCGCCCGCUGUAACCGCAGUGGUGCAAUGCCAUCAUCCGACGUCAGCGGCGCCGGCCAUGUCCGCGUCCAAUUGCGCCAGCUGCAUCAAUAAUGCACCCACGUCCGCCUGCAGCACGCCGCCAAUUGGCGUGGAGGCGACGCCGUUGCGUGACAGCUCCGCCUAUCCCAAAUACGAUAAUAUGGGACGUCGCAUCACCGCUAGCGGCGGGCUGGGUAAUUCGACGCUGUCGCUGCCUGACGAGAACGAGACUCUGUUCAGCGAAUCCACGGCAGAGUCGAACAUGGCUGAGGCGGAGAACACGGGCGGACAGGAUCAUCAUCAUCAUCAUCAGAUGCAGACGACGGAGCCAGCGCCAGGCAUGGAUAAGGGUAAUGCUGGCGGUGGCGAGUUUGUCUCCCUCUAGUAUUAUGGUACACAGGUGUAAAGCGUGUCACCUGUCGGCCAAUAGAGUGUGCUGCCGGCGCGCUAGCGCCAUCUGUCGGUCAAUAGAUUGUGCUGCCAAAACAAUCAGUUCACAGAGUCAAAAAUAAAUCCAUCGUGGCAAUCGUUUUGUUCAUAUCAGCAAACUCUUCUCAAGUAAUUUUUUACAAAACCAAACAUUCAGUAUAAAAAAUAUUAAUGAAAUAUAUAAAACCAAUCUAUUGACUGUCGCAGACUUAAUGAAGCUGUAUGUACAUGAAGAAGAUGAAGAACGCGCGAUCCAAGAGCAAUUUAUAUAGAAUCAAAAAAGAAACACUAAAAACAACCGUGAGAAGAUGAGAAUGUUAUGUUAACAGCGUGCAGAAAUAAUAAUCAUUUUAUUUGACACUCGUAAGUAAAACACGUAGCUUAACUAGACGCAUAAACACAUGGAAAUAUAUAUAUAUAUAAAUAGUUAUAUAUAUCUAGAUUCAUGGUAACCCAUUCCUAAAUUUAAAACGUAUUCCGCUGGUCAACAUUCAUAUUUUUGCCAGUCACUGGGAAAUAUAACAGUUAAUUUGGGUAUGCUAUUGCCAAUGGUGAAUGGCAAAUGUUUGAUACUGAUUCAUUUUGAAAUGUUGCUAGUGGAAUUUGUCAUUAAUAUUCCAUAGUUUGUCUAAUUUGGUAAAUGUUUAAAAUGCAUAGCGUAAAAACCAAAACAAUACUAGACCAAAAAUACUUCCCAAAAGGUGUAUAAAACGUAACAGCACAUAUAUAUGUAAAUAUAAAUAUAUGUGUAUAUGUGUAUGUGUAUUAGGAAAAUAAGGACAUAGUCCUAAUACCGAGCUGCAUGGGCUUGAAGAAUUUUUGAUUUUCAAAUUCGUUUUUUUAGUGUUAGAAACUUUACUGCUCAUUGUAUAAUCCACUGUAGCCACAUUGAUAUAUAUAUAUAUAUAGACCUUAGAGUUCCCAAGUAUAAUACCUGAAACUUGAAAUUAACAAUUUUCUAAAUGUACGUAUAUAUGCCACCCUUUUAGCCAUGCCUAGGGUAUAUUUUUAGUUUUCAAAUAGAAAAUUAUUGUGUAAAUAGAUGAAUUUUAGAAUUUUUAAAAUCAAAACAUUGUUUUUAAAGCCCAGCUCAAUAUCAAAAGCUAAAUGAUGCCAAAAAUAAUUUUAAAGCUCUGUUUUAAAUGUUAAACAUAAUUGUUAUCGCCCGCGGGCUGCUUUUAAAAGUUCAUAAUCAGCACACUUAGAUAUAUAUACACCUAGGUUCUAGUUCUUCCAAAGACAAACGUGAAAAUCCCAGCCAAAACCAUUGAGUACCUAUCUAGAAAAACUUAUUACGUUUUUUUUUUUUAACAGAAUUAAUUUAAUCUUUGCCUCAGCUGCUCAAAACUUUCUUAAACUGUUUGCAUUACGAAUUUAUUUUACUGAUUUCUACGCACUCCUUACACAAAUUCAAUGUAUAUGGAUGUAAAAAGAAAAAGAACCCAAACUAGUUGAAAACGAAAAUUUUACUUAUUAUAUUGAAAUAUGCAUGGGUGUAAGAACAAUGUAUGAGUAUAUCGUAUUAUAUAUAGUAUAUAUAUAUAUGUAUAUGUAUAUCAUGUAUAAUCGCAUGUGUAGCCCAACAAUUGCAGCAGAAUAAUUUUUGUGUAGAAUGUUUACAACUCGAGCUUGAUAAUGUAAAUGUAAAUUAUAAACUUAAACUAAAUUUUAAGUGCAUAAAAUACAUUUUAAGAGACAGCUAAAGCCAACAUAUAUAGUUGAUGUACUCACAGUUGGCUGCCAAACUGUAUAAAGUGCAUUAGGGCAGUUUUGAAACACGAAAUUUUCAAAGUCUUCUCAGCUUCUGGGCAAACCAGUCCCUAGUUAUUUAAUGGUAGACCUUCAAAACCAGUGUUGCAAAAUGCUCAAAUGAAAAAAGAGCCGGAUUUUAGAUUGUGAUUCGAAUGAAGUCGAGAAAAAGCAGAAAAUAUUAAGCUCUACUCGCAAACUCACAAAAGGUCUACCGGCUUUUAGGCAACUGUGAGUAUACCAAUUUUCGAUAUAUAUAUAUGUAUAUGCAUUAGCAGCUGUUGUUUAAAUAAUGUAAGGCCAAUUGUCGUAUACAGGCGGAUUUACGUACUCCAAAAAAAAUCUUGCAUAACUAGCAACAUAGUAACACAUUUAAAUAUAAAUAAAUAAAUAAAAAAAAUGUAAUAAAAAAAAUUGUUUACAAAAAUAUGAGUACGCGUCGAAUACACAAUACUAUGCAAGCAAAUAUUUACACACAGUACACGCCCUCUUUUUGGUAUUUUGUGGGCAAACGCUCAAAGGGAUUUUUGUUUUUUGAUAAACAAACAAUGAAACAUACAAAACUAUUUCAAUCGCACGUAACAUAAAGAGAAAUUCAACAAAUUAAUAAUAAUAAAUCAAUAGAGAUAAAUGUCAAUAAAUAGCGAAUUUUUUCCUUCAGAUCUCAUAGUUCUCCAAAAGUUAUAACAUAUAUAUGCGUAUAUAUAGACAUUUAAUGCCUAGCUGCUGCACGGAUAGAGAGAUAAGCUCAGUGUAUAGAUGCAAAAUUCUUUGCAAUUCAGUUACAAUUUGAUUUCAACACAUUUAUCCAUUUAUACAUAUAUACAGCUCUAUAGUUUUUGCUUAAAUUGUUGUGGCUCUAUAAGGCAUGGAACUGAUAUUAGCUUUUGUUUUACAACACUCAUAUUUAUUUACCUCUUCAACUUAUAUACUGCAAACAAACAAAAAAAGAAACAAAAAACAAUGUACAUAUAUACAUAAAACUAUAUAUAUUUAUAUAUAUAUAUAUAUCCCUCUCAUGAAAUGUAACAAAAAAUAACCGAGCUAAAAGAAGAAAAAACUGGCCAUGUACUACCUUUUGAAAUCGUUUUAACUAAUUAAAAAGUGUUGGUAACCGCCAGAAUGCAAACAGCACAUGUAAACAGCACUAAACUCUGAAAAGACAACAUUCAAACUAUGCUUUUAAAAACACACACACACACACACACACAUUCUCAUUGCGAAUGUUGCAAAUAUAAUUUUAAUUACACUGCUUAGUACGCUCCGCAUGCUUCCAUAUAUACCAAAUACCCUUUAUUAAGUCAAGUGGAAUCAACUCGCCGCACAAUGCGUGCGAGCACAUCGAAGGCCAAUGAGCUGCACACUAGAGAUGAGCGCGUGUCGUGCGCGAAACGAAACACGAAAAAGAACAUGGGCAGGCGCAUGCAAAGGUUAAACAUAUUGAUACUCUUUAUGGCACACGUUUAAUGACCUCUUGCUUAUUUUUGCAUUAAUGAAUUAUUGUAGGCUAUUAGUUAACUUACUAUAAACCCUUAUUUUUUUUAUAUUUGAAGUUAAGAAACUAUAAGAACUAUAAACGUAAAAUAUUACUAUAUGUUAAUUCACAAAUAAUUUGAAUUUGAUUUAAAAAAUCUUUAAGACAAUUACAAUUUAAUUCGCCAGAAUUAAGGUAUUUUUGGAUGAGAGCGUAUUGACAACUUUUCUACUUGAUUAGAUAAUAAAAACCCUAGUCAUUUCUCUGAGUGUAACGACACGCGCUCAACUCUAGUGCACACAGAACCCCACGUGUAAUAGACGCAUGCAAUUACAGAGGCAACUGCUAACAUGCAACAUGCAAAGCGUGUAAAAAAAA